UGUUUUGUCCUUUCACAGAUCAAGCAGAUAUCUAAAGGUACAGCUACUGAUAUCCACUACUGGAUAGGAAAGGACUCCACUCAGGAUGAGCAAGGGGCAGCAGCACUCUACACAACCCAACUGGAUGAGGCGUUGGGGGGGAGCCCAAUCCAACACAGAGAGGUGCAAGGACAUGAAUCAACCACAUUUAAAAGUUACUUCAAGAAUGGAGUUAUAUACAAGAAAGGAGGAGUCGCUUCGGGAUUCAAACAUGUGGAGACAAAUAUGUACAAUAUUCGACGUCUGCUUCAUGUGAAGGGCAGGAAACAUGUCACAGCUACAGAGGUUGAAAUGACAUGGGACAGUUUUAACAAAGGGGAUGUCUUCCUUCUUGACCUGGGAAAAGUUAUCAUCCAAUGGAACGGGCCUGAGAGCAACAAGGCGGAGAGGAUACGGGCCUGCUCCUUGGCACAGAGUAUCAGAGAUGAUGAGAGGGGAGGAAGAGCACAGAUUGGGAUUAUAGACAAUGAGCAGGAUUCCCCUGACCUGAUGCAGAUUAUGACGGCUGUACUGGGGUCCAGACAUGGUGGAUUGAAAGACGCCAUUCCAGAUGAGAAGCCAGAUGAGCAACAGAAAUCAAACGUCAGACUCUACCAUGUUUUUGAAAAAGACGGGGAUUUGGUAGUACAAGAAACUGCAACAAAACCUCUUACCCAGGAUCUGCUGCAGCACCAGGACUGUCAUAUCCUGGAUCAAGGAGGAGUAAAGAUUUAUGUCUGGAGAGGAAAAGAUUCCAGUGCUGAAGAGAAGAAGGCAGCUUUCAGCCGAGCAGUAGGCUUCAUCCAAGCCAAGGGAUACCCUGCUACUACUAAUGUGGAGGUUGUGAAUGAUGGAGCCGAGUCUGCCAUGUUCAAACAAUUAUUUCAGAACUGGAGGGAUUAUGGAGAGACACAAGGACUUGGAAAGGCACAUAGCAUGGGGAAGAUUGCCAAGGUGGAUCAAGUUAAAUUUGACAUUAACCAGUUGUACGCCAGACCAGAAUUAGCAGCAGAACAGAGGAUGGUGGAUGAUGCUUCUGGGAACGUGCAGAUCUGGAGAGUUGAAAACCUGGAGCUUAAAGAAAUUGAUCCAAAAACAUAUGGAAGAUUCUAUGGAGGGGAUUGCUACUUAGUGCUGUAUACCUACAUAAAAUCUGGCAAACCAAAUUACUUACUAUACAUGUGGCUGGGCCGCCAUGCUACUCAAGAUGAGAUCACAGCAAGUGCUUUUCAUGCAGUAGAACUGGACCGCAAGUACCAAGACCAGCCAGUUCAAAUACGAGUGACAAUGGGGAAAGAGCCAAAACAUUUCCAAGCUAUCUUCAAAGGAAAGAUGAUCAUAUACGAGGGAGGAACAAGUCGAACUGAUAAAGUAGAACCAGAGCCUCCUAUCAGACUGUUCCAGGUUAGAGGAACUGAUGAAUUCAACACAAAGGCCACAGAGGUCCCAGCCAGAGCAGCGUCUCUUAAUUCCAAUGACGUCUUUGUGCUGAAGACUGAUUCUGUGUGUUCCCUGUGGUGUGGAAAGGGCUGCAGUGGAGAUGAGAGAGAAAUGGCAAAGACUGUAGCCAAUAUAAUCUCUAAGCAGGACAAACAAACCAUCCUUGAGGGUCAGGAACCUAAUGAAUUCUGGGUGUCUCUGGGAGGAAAAGCUCCUUACUCAAGUGAAAAAAGAUUCCAGGAGACUAUGGUGCAGUAUAAGCCCCGCCUCUUUGAGUGUUCCAAUCAGACCGGUCGGUUCAUCAUGACGGAGGUGGUAGACUUCGCUCAGAGUGACCUUGAUGAGGAUGAUGUUAUGUUACUGGACACCUGGGAAGAGAUUUUUCUUUGGAUUGGUAAAUCUUCCAAUGAAUAUGAGAAAAAUGAAUCACUUACUAGUGCCAAAGAGUAUUUGAAAUCUCACCCCGCGGGGCGGGACCUCUCCACACCAAUAAUUACAGUGAAACAAGGACAUGAACCCCCAACUUUUACUGGCUGGUUUAAUGCUUGGGAUUCUCAUAAAUGGAGUCAGCCACACAGGAAAGGAAAUCUGCCAGUCAGUAAUGGUAACCACACCGCCGCCAACGACACCGCCACCAACGGCACCCCCAGCAACAGUAACCCUGUCGUGGAGGCCUUCCCACAAAGCAAUGGGAGCAAUGUAUUUAACAAAGAGCUACUCAUUAACAAAAAUGCAGAGGACCUACCUGAUGGAGUAGACCCUUCAAAAAAAGAGCUGUACUUGUCUGAUAGUGACUUUGCCAAUAUGUUUGGGAUGCCUAAAGCCCAGUUCUACCAGCUACCCAAAUGGAAGCAACAAAAUAUUAAAAAACAACAUGGCCUGUUUUAA